AUGGCUGAAGAAUUACAAGCCAAGCUGGAUGGUUUAGAUGUUGAGACUCUUCAAAAGCUAUUACAAACAGCUAUCACAAACAAAGGUUCACCUGGCACCACUUCAGUUGUGGUCGACCAAACAGCAAAUAGUGGUACUACAGAAAAUAAUGAUGACGUUGAAAAUGACAAGAUUGGUGAUGGUGGUGGUGCAGAAAUGCAAAUUAAUGUUGGAGUUGAUGCCAGUGGACAGAAUCAGAUCAUGAAAGACGACAGUUUAGGUACUUUAGAUAAUUUGUCUCACAGAAUAUUUUACCGGAGGAACUGCAUCAAAGAUAUUGAAGUGUUAAA